GCACCGCGCAGGCGCCGUUUGGCGGACGGGUCGCGCCGAGGGACAGGCUGCGCCGACGCGCUCCGCUUCCUGCGAGGGAAAGUCCAGGCUUGAGACAAAAGGGGGGGAGGCGAGUAGGGAACAUCCGGGUCAUUCGCCGCCGCCGCCGUCGCCUGAAUCCGGGACACGCGCGGGAGCUGCUGCUGCGGCCGCUACACGAAGGACCUUGAAUAUGUCGGGGAUUGCGCUCAGCCGACUUGCGCAGGAGAGGAAAGCCUGGAGGAAGGACCACCCGUUUGGUUUUGUAGCAGUACCAACAAAAAAUCCAGAUGGUACGAUGAAUCUCAUGAAUUGGGAAUGUGCUAUUCCAGGAAAGAAAGGGACACCAUGGGAAGGAGGCUUAUUUAAAUUACGGAUGCUUUUCAAGGAUGAUUAUCCCUCCUCACCCCCAAAAUGCAAAUUUGAGCCACCCUUAUUUCAUCCAAAUGUGUACCCUUCAGGCACUGUGUGUCUGUCCAUCCUAGAAGAGGAUAAGGAUUGGAGGCCUGCAAUCACAAUUAAACAGAUCUUGUUAGGAAUCCAAGAACUCCUAAAUGAACCAAAUAUUCAGGACCCAGCUCAAGCAGAGGCUUACACAAUUUACUGCCAAAACAGAGUGGAAUAUGAAAAGAGGGUUCGAGCACAAGCCAAGAAGUUUGCACCAUCAUAAGCUCCUGUCAUCCAGCAUCUUAAAGGAAGGGAUUAAUUGGCAAGAACUUGUUUACAAAACUUUUGCAAAUCUAUUGUCACUAUGUACAAUUAAUAGUCACUUAGGGGAGGGGAUUGUAUGUGUGCCAUUUUCCAUAUUCGCCACUUGUAUACAGUUCUAAAUUUGCUGAAUUGCCCCCCGUUUUUUCAUACAGGGUCUCUUCCUUCAGUCUUUUGUAUUUUUGAUUGUUAUGUAAAACUUGCUUUUAUUUUAAUAUUGAUGUCAGUAUUUCAACUGCUGUAAAACUAUAAACUUUUAUACUUCUAUAAAUUCACUAGUAUCUCUAGUUUCUUUGCUUUCUGAUGCAGGCAUGCUUUAAACUGUUUAGAAGUAUAUUUUGCCUCUACUUGGCUGUAAGAAGAAAAAGAAAAACAUGCCCUCCACCCCCUUUUUUGAUUUCUACCAAUAAUAAAUUAGGUUGUUGUUGCUUAAAAGCCUCCAGAUCCAAAGUCAGCCAGCAUCUUGAUUCUGCAUCACUUCCUUUGUGUUUAUGGCGUUUUGUCUGUGUUGCUGUUUAGAGUAAAUAAACUUGUUUCUAUAAA